AUGGAUAGAAGACAAAAGUUUGUGGAAGCACAAAAUAUAACGUUUUUUUCAAUUCUGGAAGAGGCAUUACCAAAGGAACUUUGGUGCUAUUUAAAAUCAGACACCAUUCCUAAAUCUAAACAUUCGAAUAUGGUUUGUGAAAAUAACUGUUCAACACUGGCUAUUUCUUCUCCCACAUCCACUGUGCCAAAUUUAACUUCAUCUGGAAAUAUAUCUGAAUUAAAUAGGGUUAACCCGAUUCAUUCCAGAGAUAAAGAAAUUCAUCCUGCCUCAAGUGUUAAUAAGAAGAAUAUAUCUCUGAAUCAUCCCCGUACAACACGCCUCGUCUAUUCAUCUACUCGUGGUGAUAAUUGUACAGAUCUUUCUUUAUGUUCAAAUGAUAGUAGUGUUUCACAAGAAUGUACAUUUCGGUUAGGAAAUGAUGAACCAGUGAAUAACCAUACUUCUGUACCAUCAUCACUUUCAGAGCAGCCUGAAUCGUAUGUGGCCGUCUCUCUCGCUCAAACGAUCAUUGUAAAGGUUCCAUCUGUCCCUAACUCUGUUGUUCCGGAUACUGUUUCUGCUGACAAUCAUAUAGAGAGGGACACUGAUAUGAAGGAGGAUAAAUUAGUUCACAAGAAAUCCACGUCACUACUUGCUUCAGUUACAUCUGGUUUAUCAACUUCAACUUGUUCUAAUUCAACUAGUAAUAAUAGUAGAGCCAAAUUGAACUGUACACCAUCAAAUUCAAAAUCUUGUGAAACAAAACAAUCACCUCCAUCAAUCAAUAUUGCUUCAAAUAAAACAACUCUUUCUAAUAAUUCGAAUGUAAGUUCAGCUUCUUCUGGGGCUGCUGCUAGUAGUAGAUCCAAUACAUGCGGUUCAACCUCAUUAUCAACUGGUUGUAAAUCAGGCGGUAAAAAUGCUAACAAGGAUGAGUAUACUUUAAAACUAGAAGCUGAGGCUAGAAAUUUAAAAUCGGAAAUCCAGUCUUUACGUAGUUCAGAAAUUCAGUUACGUGGUCAAGUUCAGCAGUUACUUGCUGCUGAACGAACAUAUCGCUCUGAAAGUUCUCAAGCUCAGCAAGAAUCUGAAAGUUUGCAAGCCAAGCUCAAUCAAUUGACUCAACGCCUUCAGGCGGAUCGUGCCAGUCUACAGGCAGCUGAGAAACGUCUCACUGAAGAGCGUAAAUAUCGUUUGCUUCUCGAACAGCAGUUCAAACAGCAAUCUGGUAAACAAAUAGAAGCAAGCUCCUCAGAAUCAACAUCUAACGAACCAGUUAUUUCUAAAACCACAGAUUCCAAAUCUUCAAUGACUGAAUCUCGAAGUACUUCAUUAAAUUCCUGUGAUCCCAUAUGCGUUGAAGCAUGCAAAAACAAUGAAUUAUGCGCAAAACGAAGGCAGGAACUAGAAUUAGAAUUGCAAAAUCUUACAAAAGCUUUAACUAUUAAAAAUAACCAACUUACAGCACUGAACUCUGAACGUUUUUCACAUGGUGGACUAAGUGAAUCCAAUGAUAAGACAUGGAAGAAGCAAACUAAAACUGAACGAACAAAACAAUCUAAUUCUGUGGAACAAAACUACAAUAUGAGCAAACGGCGGCAAAAGCAUGAAAUAACUGAGACUGAAUUAAGUGAUCUUGCCUCUCGUGUAAACUCUUUGCAAGAAGAAAAUCAACGUCUGACAGACACCUUAAAAGAGGAAGACAAAAUGAAACAGGAGCUUAUGACGGCUUACCAUUCUUCCCUAAAAGAGAUAACAGAAUUAAAUGCUACACUUACAAAGAAGGAGUACCAAAUCGUCGAACUUAACAAGCGCUUGAAUUGCCUUACUCCAAAUCUCUGUGAGUAUGUAAGCAGAAUGAAUGCUUCAACAUCGAAUUGUGCUAAAGUUUCAAACAUUUCAAUCCCUUUGGAUGGCAUUCCUAACGAAGAAUGUGUAAUUAACUCAUAUUCUGUCACAGAUACUUCACAGAUGUACACAAACUUUAACAAAACACAAAUAGAUGAGCACAACCAUAUAGACAGAAUUGUUUCUAAAACUGGGUCGACAAACAGAAUGAAUUCUUAUAAUCAGUCCUACUCCUUGACUCCAUAUGAAACAUCUGCGCCAUUGAAUAAUCUAACAAAUCAAAAGUCAAGCAUUUAUUUUGUUGAUCCUUGUGCCAAAUCAAAGCCUUUCUUCACAUCCCCCUUUCCUGUUACUGAUAGAAAAUUUCAUGGAAUUUCUGAAAUAAAUAAUUCCACUAAUCUUAAUAAUUUGGACUAUUUCGGUCAUCUUACUUCGUCGGAAGAGGUUAUUCCAUCGUCGUCGUCACUAACCAAUACUGGACUAGGUUAUCAAACAAGUCUAAAUGACCAUUGUCACAUAAAUAAUAGAAUGCAUUUUCGUCCGGAUAAACUACCUAAUUCAAACGCCUUUCAUCUCAGUCAUUUCGAAACCCUUGGUAUGAAAUGUAUGAAUGGAGGAUACACGUCAUAUGAUAAUGCUGUUUUAAAUAGAGUUUUACCAACCAGAUCUAUGCCGUUGUGUAGUACCAGACCAAUGACUGUCGGGAAUUCAGCCCAAGCUUCGUCACCCCCUCCUUUGUUUGUUCCACCUCCCGGCCUCUUACAGGGUGAUAUUGCUUCUAGUGUUUUGCAUUAUUCACACUCUAUUAAUGGAACAUUAUCAUUGCCAUCUUUAGAAGUGGUUGCGAAUUCGUCAGUUUGUGUCACUGAGUCCAUGUCAACAACCCCAACUGCAGUUAGUUCAUAUAGUCCUCGGAUUGUAGCUGACUCAUAUUCCACAGAUCCAGUGCAUACAGUUGGUCACCAGGAAGAACUAUCAUCUCAGUCGUACAGUAGUUUGAAUUUUAAUAGUUCAGUAUGUGAUAGCUUUACUAAUCUCAACCCACAUUCAAUAUUCAUGACAUCUAAUGAACCUAGUUGUUUUCAAUUCGGGAUGAGAAGUUCCACUGAUGAUAAGCCCAACUCUUUUGAUUUCACUACAUUUGGUCCCGUUGGGUCAUCAUCACCAGCCGGUACUUUCAUCCACUCAAAUUUAAAUAGUUCUAACUGCAAUAGUUCUAUCUUGUCAAAUUUAACUUCAACAGGUUUACAGAGUAGACAAGUGUGUUUAGAUUCACAAAAUACUGAUACCUUAAGGUUUCCUAUGAUGUCUCCAUCAGUUUCGCAUUCAGAUGCCAUCUCAAAUUCAUCUACGAUGUAG